AAAUUAUAAAGUUUAGGUCGUGGCUUGAAGCUCGAUUGAAGUUAAAUCACGCUUCUUAACUAACAGAAUCGCCAUCCAUAAGACCCAACACCCAUUUCACCCACAAACUAAAAAAGGGAAAAUAAUGGCACCUACAAAUCAAGCCGCAUGGCUCACCAAGGCUGGUACCCCUCUCGAGGUGAGCGAUGCCCCGUUGCCCACCGCAGGGCCCGGUGAGCUUGUCGUGAAGAACGCUGCAGUCGCCAUCAACCCGCUCGAUUGUCAUAUGCAAGACCACGGCGUCUUUGUCCAGCAAUGGCCUUCUGUUUUUGGUUGUGAUGUGGCCGGUGAGGUAUAUGAGGCGGGAGAGGGUGUCCAGUCAUUUAAGAAGGGAGACCGUGUCAUCGGGCAUGCCAUCAAUCUUGUUAGCGGUCGCCCUCAAGAUGGUGCCUAUGCUCUGUACACAGUCAUCCCUGCUAACAAAGCCGCCAUCCUUCCGGAUACGAUCUCCUUCACCGACGGUGUUGUGGUGCCGUUUGCCUUAGAGGCUGCUGUUUGCGCGCUCUCCCUCAAAGUGCCUGGGGUCGCCAUGCCAGGCGUCGCUACACCAGCGCUCGCCCUGCCUUACCCCUCGCUGGAGGAUGUGCCUGCCUCGGGCAAGACUCUCGUCAUAUACGGGGGCUCAUCAGCCGUUGGCUCCAUGACUACUCAGAUAGCCACCGCCACUGGCAUCAAAGUCAUUUCCGUUGCCGGCAAACAUAACUUCGAUUUCAGCAAGCGCUGCGGGGCAACUCAAGUCUUUGACCACAAGGAUCCGUUGGUCGUCGAAAAGGUCAUUGAAGCGGUGGGGACAUCGGAGUUUAUUGGCAUCUUUGAUGUCGUCGCCACGCCCGAGACGUACGCCCACGACCUCGCCAUCUUUGCUAAACUGGGUGGUGGCCAUCUCGCCUCUGUACACCCUCCCCCUCCAGAUCUGCCCGCCAACGUAACAGGCGGAAUGAUCUUCGCCGUCAAUGACAUCGCUACGCCCGUUUGGGAAGAAUACGUUACGCCCGCCCUGAAGGCUGGAAAGCUCCAGUGUCUUCCUCCACCUACCGUUGUUGGCAAGGGCCUAGAGCACAUCAACGAAGCUUUGAAGAAGUGCAAGGCUGGCGUAAGUGCGACGAAGCUAGUAGUAGAGCUUUAAAAGAUGAAAUACUUUGCAUUCACAGUAGCUAGAUAUAUGUGUUAGUAAAUAGGGUAAGGUCGAUGAUUAAACCAUCUUGUUCAUUGUUACCAUACAAAAAUAAUGAUUUACCCUGAAUAUUCCCC